AUGUCCUUGAGAGAGAUGGUUUGCAACGCAGGCGCUCAUUUUGUGAAGGUUGUUGAUGAUCUUCUUGAUACGCUUACUGAUGGCGAACAUUCGAGAGCGAUGGCAGAAUUGAAGAAAGGAGACGUGGAGGAUGUGAAACCAAGGGACACGGAGGACCUCUUGGAGUUGCUCUCCGAAGUGGAAUCGCUGGAAAACCUUGGUGUGGACGUUUCUUUCGUAAAGGACAUACGGGAGAAUCUGUCUGUUAGUAAACCGACGGAUCUUCAGGUAUGGUAUUGUGAGACGUCUUUUCAUUAG